CUGGCCACACAGGGGCAGUAGAACUCCCAGCAUAUGGCGGACCCUGCAGGGAACUGGUAAUCACUCGCUGGAUUCAGGUAGAGCGCCGGGAUCUCCGUCAGAAACGUAGCUACGGACUUGGGGUUCAGGGGGAGCAGUCUGGGCACACGAUCCGGUUGGUCGGCCAGGGAUAGUCAGUGGGGAGUUCCAUAUAUAUCGGCUGUGGGGCACCGGGUGGGUAUUGGGGUAUCAGGGAAUAGUAAGGGGGGGCCCUAGGGGUCUGUACGAGGGAGCUGCAUGUGGGUGCACUUACUGUUGGGGCAACACAAUAGGGGAGAGGGGUAACUGCUGGGUGUUGGGGCUAUAGAAUAAAGAAGGGGGGAAAGUUGCGCUGAGGGUGCGGGUACAGAAUAGGGAGUGGAGACACUUUGCGCAAUAGGCGCUGAGGGUACAUGGGGGUAUUAGCUGCGCCCCCAGUUCAUCCAUUGCCUGUGAGCUCUGAGCGGUGUGCGAGUCGCAGGGGGGGGGGCAGGGGCGCUAGGGGGGUAGGACUGAGCGGGCACAACUCACUGCUGGGGGGCUGACUCAGUGGCAUCUCCUUCACUCCCGGGGUAAAAGUAAGGAUUUCGGGGCACUGCCCCCCAACUCUGCGCCUCAGCCAGUGGGAUGGAUCCGGCGGGGUGUCCCUGAUCUGACCUCCAGCCCCUCCGGAUCGUUCUGUGCCUCCAACUCGGUCCGGCUGCCUGAAUUCCCCUCCGCCCGACUCCAGCACAAUGAGUUCUACCUGAGACAGUCGGCAAUGGAGAAGGGCACCCAGAAAAAUCCCCCGAUACACGGGCUCCCACCCAUCUAUUCCCUAAGCGGUAGCCAUGUUUGCUGUACUUCUUAGUAGGAGCACCCAGCCCCCGCUGAGCUCUGCACCCCAACCUGACGCCCCGUACCCCUUCCAUCCUUGUGGACUCUCACCCCUCACCGGAGCAGCAUGAAUCCUCUUACCGGCUUGGUGCCCCCGCUCCUCUUCCUCCUCUGCCUCGUUCCCCAUGGCUCCGCCUAUGGGCCGGACAAGAGAGCUCAGAAGAAGGGAGACAUCAUCCUGGGCGGGCUUUUCCCCAUACAUUUUGGGGUGGCUUCCAAGGACGAGGACCUGGAAUCAAGGCCGGAAUCACUUGAGUGCGUCAGAUACAAUUUCCGCGGCUUCCGCUGGUUACAGGCAAUGAUCUUUGCCAUCGAGGAAAUCAACAGCUCCCCUACGCUGCUCCCCAACAUCACUCUGGGGUACAGAAUCUUCGACACAUGUAACACCGUCUCCAAGGCCCUGGAGGCCACGCUCAGCUUCGUCGCUCAGAACAAAAUCGACUCCCUCAAUCUGGACGAGUUCUGUAAUUGUUCCGAGCAUAUGCCCUCCACUAUCGCUGUGGUAGGGGCCACCGGCUCUGGCGUCUCCACUGCUGUAGCCAAUCUGCUCGGACUCUUCCAUAUUCCUCAGGUCAGUUACGCCUCGUCAAGCCGGCUCCUAAGCAACAAGAACCAGUACAAGUCGUUCCUGCGCACUAUGCCGAAUGACGAGCACCAAGCCACCGGCAUGGCGGAUAUCAUCGAGUACUUCCAGUGGAACUGGGUCGGGACCAUCGCGGCCGACGAUGACUACGGGCGCCCGGGGAUUGAGAAGUUCCGCGAGGAGGCGGAGGAAAGGGAGAUCUGCUUUGAUUUCAGUGAGCUCAUCUCUCAGUACAUGGAGGAAGAGGAGAUAGACAGGGUGGCCUCAGUGAUCCAAAACUCCACCGCCAGGGUCAUCGUGGUCUUCUCCAGUGGGCCGGACCUGGAGCCGCUCAUCAAGGAGAUCGUCAAGCGGAACAUUACCGGCCGUAUCUGGUUGGCCAGCGAGGCCUGGGCCAGCUCUUCGCUCAUAGCCCUGCCCAACUUCUUCGACGUGAUGGGGGGAACCAUCGGCUUUGCCCUGAGAGCCGGGCAGAUUCCAGGCUUCCGCGAAUAUCUCCGCAACGUCAAUGUCAAAAUGUCCAACGUCAACGGCUUCCUCAAGGAAUUCUGGGAAGAGACCUUUAAUUGCCACCUUCCGUCCAAAAGCCUUUCUUCCCCUUCUUCUUUCAUGGGGAGCCCCGAGGAUCCCAACAGAUGGGGCAACAGUUCUUCUUUCCGGCUUCCGUGCAGCGGGAAGGAAAACAUCUCGAGCGUGGAGACCCCGUAUCUGGACUUCACCCAUUUACGGAUAUCGUACAACGUGUACCUCGCCGUCUAUUCCAUCGCUUACGCGCUGCAAGAUAUUUACUCCUGCACCCCCGGGAAGGGGCUGUUUGCCAACAACUCCUGCGCCGACAUCAAGAAAGUGGAAGCCUGGCAGCUGCUGAAACACUUGCGGCACCUCAACUUCACCAACAAUAUGGGGGAGCAGGUGGACUUCAAUGACUCCGGGGACCUGGUGGGAAACUACUCGAUCAUCAACUGGCACCUCUCCCAGGAGGACGACUCCAUUGUGUUCGAGGAGGUCGGGUACUAUAACGUCUAUGCCAAGGUGGGCGAGCGCCUCUUCAUCAACGAGAGCAAAAUCCUGUGGAACGGCUUCUCCCGAGAGGUCCCCUUCUCCAACUGCAGCCAAAUCUGCCAGGAAGGGACCCGGAAGGGAAUCAUCGAGGGGAAACCCACCUGCUGCUUCGAAUGCGUUGACUGCCCCGAUGGGGAAUACAGCGACGAGACAGAUGCCAGCGCCUGUGAGAAGUGCGCCAAGGACUACUGGUCCAACGACAACCACACCUCCUGCAUCGCCAAGCAGAUCGAGUUCCUGUCUUGGACGGAGCCCUUCGGCAUCGCCCUGACCAUGUUCGCCAUCUUGGGGAUCUGCCUGACGUCCUUUGUCCUUGGCGUCUUCAUCAAGUUCCGCAACACCCCCAUCGUCAAGGCCACCAACCGGGAACUGUCCUACCUCCUCCUGUUCUCCCUGAUCUGCUGCUUCUCCAGCUCGCUGAUUUUCCUCGGGGAGCCCCAGGACUGGACGUGUCGGCUGCGGCAGCCGGCGUUCGGCAUCAGCUUCGUGCUGUGCAUCUCCUGCAUCCUGGUGAAGACCAACCGCAUCCUGCUGGUGUUUGAAGCCAAAAUCCCCACCAGUUUCCAGAGGAAGUGGUGGGGCCUGAACCUGCAGUUCCUUUUGGUGUUCCUUUGCACCUUCGUGCAGAUCGUGACCUGCAUUAUCUGGCUGUACACGGCGCCGCCCUGGAGCUACAGAAACCAGGACCUGGAGGACGAGAUCAUUUUCAUUACGUGCAACGAAGGUUCCUUGAUGGCCCUGGGCUUUCUCAUUGGCUACACGUGCCUCCUGGCUGCCAUCUGCUUCUUCUUUGCCUUCAAGGCCCGGAAGCUUCCGGAGAACUUCAACGAGGCCAAGUUCAUCACGUUCAGCAUGCUCAUAUUCUUCAUCGUCUGGAUUUCCUUCAUCCCCGCUUACGCCUCCACCUACGGCAAAUUUGUCUCCGCGGUCGAAGUCAUCGCCAUCUUGGCCUCCAGCUUCGGCCUCCUGGCCUGUAUUUUCUUCAACAAGGUCUAUAUCAUCCUCUUCAAACCGUCCAGGAACACCAUAGAAGAAGUGCGCUGCAGCACCGUAGCCCACGCUUUCAAGGUGGCGGCCAGGGCGACCCUGAGGCGCAGCAACGUCUCGCACAAGAGGUCCAACAGCCUCGGGGGGUCCACCGGUUCCACGCCGUCCUCUUCCAUCAGCAGCAAGAGCAACCACGACGAGCAUUUCUCCAUAGGGGACAAGAACCGGGCCUGCAAGCAGAAAGUCAGCUUCGGCAGCGGCACCGUCACCCUGUCGCUGAGCUUCGACGAAACCCAAAGGAACGCCGUGUCCAACAGAACCACCAGGGCCAAGAACUCGCUGGAAGGCAAGAACAGCGACGACAGUCUGAUGCGGCACCGCGCUCUCCUCCCCCUGCAGAACAGCGACGCCGGCAGCGAGUCCAGUUUCAGAACCGCCUCCAACAUCGACGAGGCCGGAUCCCUAGAAUCGGUCAAACCCGAGAGCGCAGAUCUGCCCCAGAUGGGGAACUCCAAGAGCGUCACCGACGGAACCAUCACAGAGAAUGCGGUGAACUCCUAAUACUUGCACUUACACGGAGCGGUGGCUCUGCAGAACCCGCUAGGAGAUAUGAACUCUGUUAAACUUGUCUCUUGGGGCCCCGGCUCCACCGAGAAGCAAAGACAGUUCCUUCGAGACAUACGUCGGGCGUAGCCCCCCCAAAUCUUACUGCCUUGUAAAUGUUUAUUCAUAUCAGUGUGGGAAAUAGGGUUCAUUCCAAAGUGGGGGUGCACGGAAUCCAGGAUUCGCCCGAAUCCAUUCCUCUGGCCUAACCGAAUCCGAAUGAUUAAAGGGGAAGUAAACCCUGCGGCUCAACCAAACGUUACUCAGCUGUUGCAGGACUACAAA